GGUGCGUUAAUGCAAAAGGAUUCUGUGCUCGAAAAGCCAUUUCAAAAUGAAUGAAAAACGCGCGAUGUGUCUACGAAGCAACAUUACACGCAUUUGCAUAUGGAGCUGUUUGGCACAAUUAUCGGCAGCAGCACCAAGCCAGCAAGAAGAUUUCUUCGAUCAAGCCGCAGCUAGCGCUUUAGGUGUAGCCAUGCAAGUGGCGGAAUUCUUUCAGAAUGGCGCAGCACUGCGCAAGAAUUUAGACUUUCAGCUGCCGGGUGUGGGCAUGCAUUCGAAGACGGAGUUCGGAAUGGGCGAAGCAAUCAUACGACGCAGCGACAGUAGCGAAGAGGAUUCGGAUGAGUAUCGGCGUAAACGAUCGGCCGAUAGCGACGAGUUGUCAGCUGGGCCAAGAACAUCAUUCAUGCAAAUUAUGCGCAAAGUAAAUGCGCCAUGUCAUGCUGGUGGCGGUGCCACGGAUGGUGGGGGCGCAAACGGCGACGGUGAUGAAAUCAUCGACGAAGCACGUCGGCGUAUGGCACGAAUGAGAGCACGCAAGGCGGCAGCCGCCAAGAAAGCAAAAAAGAGUACCAAUUCAAAGACAAAAAGUGGCAGACGUCGUCGUCGCCGACGCCAAACAGAAAUUGACGAUUUGGUGGACGUAGACGAGAGUGAGCGCGCCGAGUUGGAGAACGCAUUUCGGACGCAUAUGCAGCAAUUCACUGAGCAGAUUAAUCGGGUGUAUGAAAAUAUUGCAGCUACAGUGAUGGACUUGAUGAAGCGGAUGGAUGAGAGCUUCAACGCGGAUGAUGAUGGCGAGUAGGGGAAUUUCGUAGGGAAAUGUAACGAUGUAGGAGCAGGAUGGUGGCUAGGAGUAUUGAACAUACCGUAAAUGCAUACAAACGCAUAAAAUUACUUGGUCUCAAAGCUAACUCGCAUAUUAUAUAUUAGUAGGAAAUAUUAUAGUAGGAAAAUGCACAUUUAAAAAUAUUACAAAAACAAACUUAGUAAAAUAUAUAAAUAA